UUCACGAAGUUUGGGUGCCACGUAGUUAACCUAAAACAGUUAUAGUAAAUAAUUUAUGAAUAUGAUUUAAGGAACGGAUUUGCAAACUCCGUGAGUACGCUUUGUAAGUUUAUUUCCACACAAUGAUAUUGUUUUCCAUUUGCUCGUUUCUGGUCAUGCUUGCCCAUGGAGGCAAACUCCCCGACCCUGAAGUGAAAAUUGAAGUUAUGCAUAAAACUCUCAUGUGUACCCGCAAGACGAAAUAUGGAGACAUGCUUCUUGUCCAUUACGAUGGAUACUUGCAGAGCAAUGGCACCAUGUUCCACUCAAGCCGACUCGAGGGUGAUAAAAAUCCCGUGUGGUUCACCCUCGGAACCAAAGAGGUGAUCCUGGGCUGGGACAAGGGUCUGCAGAACAUGUGCACUGGAGAGCGGCGGAAACUGACCGUCCCGCCGUCUCUGGCCUACGGGAAAGAAGGGAAAGGCAAGAUCCCACCGGGCAGCACCCUGGUGUUCGACGUUGAGCUCAUGGACAUCCGCAACGGUCCGAGGUCGCACGAUUCCUUCCGAGAGAUGGACCUCAACGAUGACUGGAAGCUCUCCAAAGAGGAGGUGAAGGUGUACCUGCAGAAGGAGUUUGAGAAACACGGCUACUCGCCCAACGACACGCACAACGACGCCAUGGUGGAGGACAUCUUCAAAAACGAGGACGAGGACAAAGACGGUUUCAUUUCCGCCAGAGAAUUCACAUAUCAACACGACGAGCUGUGAAGGCCGCAUUUUCGUCGACGCUCGCCUGCUGAACACAUAUUUUCAAUUUUUUUUUUUUUUUUUUACCUCUGAACUUGAUUUUUGUGGACUGGAUUCAUGUGCUCAUUCAUCAUGCACUGAAAGUGUCACUACAGAUAUAUUUAAAAUGGAAUAUUACUGUAAUUUUUUUCAGGAAAUAAAGUAUUUAGCUAUACAAAAAUGUGGUCGAACAUGAAA